GCCUUCCUCUCCCUCCCAGAUGCCCCUCCCCUUCGAAUAACAUCGAACAACCCUCUCCCGGAUUCCCCCGAGUUCACUCUCAUCCGGGUGCCCGUCCACACGCGUCGACCCCCGCCCCGUGCCAGAUUACGAUUACGAUGUGCAUACAAUGAGUUUCUUCUCGCAAUUCGGCAACCUGCUGCCCGCCAUCCAGACCCGAAAGGCGCUGCUCCUUCUCGACAUCCAGAACGACUUCGUCCGUCCGACCGGAGCGUUGCACGUCGCCAACACCGCCGACUUCCUGGAAAUCCUCCCACAGCUCGCCAACACCUUCCGUCGCAAUGGCGAGGUCGUCUGGGUGCGCUCGCACUACGAUGCCCCCAAGCCCCUGAUCAGCCCGUCGGACGCGCAUGACCUGAUCGUGCUGGGUCGCAUGGAUACAGAGACGGGGAGGACACGAGCAGCGAGCGAUGGAUCUGCCCCCGUUGGCCUGGAUGCCAGCGGGACAGUGGACGAGGAAGCCUUCCUUUCCACCGACGCACCGAAAUUCUGUGUCCCGCAGACCCCCGGCGUGCAGUUCCCCGCCCCCAUCCUCGCGGCCAUCAACACGGAAUCGGACAUCGUGAUCGAUAAAUCGGAUUAUUCGGCCCUGCAGGAUCCCAGCCUGAUCCUCUCCUUCCGCACCAGUUUCGUCACCGAGAUUUAUCUAUGCGGGUCGCUCUCCAACAUCUCCGUUUACGCGACCGCUCUCGACGCCGUCCGGCACGGCUUUUCCGUCACACUCGUGGAGGAUUGUCUUGGGUUUCGCGAUUUCAUCCGUCACGAGGAGGCGAUGCGCCGGAUGGCGGAUAUCUUUGGCGCGAAUGGAAUCACCACGCAGGAACUGUUCGAGGAGUUGGAUUGGGAGGAGACUGAUGCGAUCGCGCGCAGGGGCGCCCGGCCGCUACAACACGCCGCACCCGCGGGGAUCGAGGGCGUCAUGGAUGAGCUGGGAGUGAAACCUAGCGCGGCGCAGCCCCCGAAAGAAGAAAGUCCCGAGUCAUCCUCGCGCGGUGCGCCGUAUCAUGGGAUCGGGGAUCUUUUGGCGGAGAUGACCGAUAACGAGGAUGGAGACCUCCAGGAGCUCGCUGAUCUGACUCGCGCACGCGCCCGUUUCGGAGGGGAGUCGCACCGGAGCGGGCCGCAGGGCGGGCAUGGGGAGAAGAAGACACGCAAUCGGGCACGUCGCUCCAAACGACCCGAUUCAAAGGUCGAGUCCUCGCGGUCUGAAAAACGGCAGCGCGGAAAAGCCAAGAAGCAGGAUGUCUGCCGUCCCGGUGAUGUCAUCGGCGAGGGCGAUUCGCGCAUCAUCUACGAUCUGGAUCUGCCGUUGGAGACGUUCGAGAAGAUCCGCGACGAGGUCGCGUGGCAGAAGAUGUAUCAUCUGUCCGGACAGGUGCCUCGUCUGGUUGCCGUGCAGGGGCGACCGUUGCCUGACGGGUCGGUGCCGAUAUAUCGCCAUCCCGCAGACGAGUCCCCGCCGUUGCACCCGUUCACUGCCACCGUGGACCGGGUGCGCGCUAUCAUUGAGCGCAUUCUGGGCCACCCGUUGAACCAUGCUCUGAUUCAGCUUUAUCGCGAUGGACAGGACCGCAUCUCGGAGCAUUCCGACAAGACCCUGGAUAUAGUGCGUGGAUCGUCGAUAUGCAAUGUCAGUCUUGGCGCGCAGCGGGUGAUGGUCCUCCGCACCAAAGGACAGGGGGCUGAGGAUGCUGACUCCGGUCGAAGCACGCAACGUAUUCCCAUGCCCCACGAAUCGCUGUUCGUGCUGGGCCAGAAGACCAACAUGCGCUGGCUGCACGGUAUCCGGCCGGAUAAGCGAGCAGCGACAGAGAAGUCCGUCGAGGAACGGGCGUACGGGGGCGCGCGCAUCUCAAUCACUUUCCGGCACGUUGGCACGUUCACGGACCCCGCAGGUGAUACCAUCUGGGGCCAAGGGGCUGUCUCCAAGUCCCAGGACAAGGCCAAUCCGGUGAUCCACGGCGACCCUGCGGAUACGGAACGCAUCAUCCUGGCGUUUGGACAGGAGAACCAUGCUACUGAGUUUGACUGGGAUGGGGUAUAUGGGAAGGGUUUUGACGUGGUCAAUUUCGUCACUGCAUCUACUGCAAAGCUGGUCUUGGGAUCCGAUCCAGUCGCGAACCUUCGGGUCCGACUCUGCUUAGGCGAGAAUGGCAUCCGCUACGACACCGAGUCGAAGGGCGAAGGGCCCACUGAGAACGGAGAACAUCCCAUAUACAUAGCCGCAGACGGAUCCAAGCUCGCUGGCGAUCUGAACAUCCUGACCCAUUUCAGUGACCGCCCAUCGGAGCUCGUCCGUCCUGGCAUCGAAGCCCUCCGCGGGGGAGACCAUCUUCCGUCGAUCACCGGCCUGCUCUCCACCUGGCGAGACCAGGGCAACGACCCUCACUUUUUAUCAACGUGGGAAAAGGCCUUAGACGGUCAAGCCUACCUUAACGGCUCCGCCUUCGGAAUCGACGACUGCGCCCUGUGGCCUGUCCUGCGAGAGAUCGCGCAGAAGACGCAGCUCCUACCCAGCAAGACCCACCCCAACCUCUCGCAAUACUACACCCGCGUGGCAAACCGAGGCAUCGUGAAGACCACGCUGGAGGAAGCAGAAUAACGGAUUAUAGUCCGCACUUACGAGACAUGACUUGUUUAUAUCGCAUCGGGUAUCUCCGAAGUUGUUCACAUAGGUAGUUUAUAAUAUCAUCAUACUAAC